AUGCAGCCCGUUUCCAUAGACUCCGAAUGUAUCACCAGAUUCAGUCAUGGCUUGGUAAACAUUGUGGAUCCAGAAAAUUUGGGGCUGGAAAAAGCAUGCAAAAUUUUGGAUAGCAAUCCAAACUUCCAAGCCUCCAGAAAGCCAGAGCCGGCGAUAAAAUGGUGGCGUGAAGGUAAACUCAUCGAAUCCACCGAAACUCGUUCUGGUUUCGAGAAAGUUCGAUCCAAUCAGCUUAUCGUUCGUGGCUUGCAACGGUCCGAUCAGCAUGCUGCUUUCACAUGCCAGGCUUCCAAUAACAACAUUAGUCAACCUGUUUCUGCUACAACUUCAAUAGAAAUACAUUUUCGUCCCCUUACAGUGGAGAUUUUAAUCAGCAAUAAUCCAUUUUCGGCAGACAGGAAAUACGACAUUCCUUGCCAAAGCUUCGGGUCGAGACCACCGGCUAAAAUAACCUGGAUUAUGGACGGCAAAGAGUUAUUACCGCCGAAAUAUAACGCUACGUAUUCGGACUCCGAAGAUGGGAACUCAACCACUUCAAUUCUCUCCUUCGUGCCCACCAGACUCGACAACGGCCGAUCGCUGACGUGCAGAGCAUCCAAUCAUUUGGUACAAAAUGGCGUGGAGGAACACACCGUGAAAUUGAACGUAUUCUGUAAGUUGUUUCAAUGA